GUAGCAAACGCGUCCGAGUCUGUUCAUGACCCAAACCUCGGCAAAUUGACUGGAAGAAAAGCAGCCGCACCGAGCUAGCCAUGAGAGUCGAAAUAUGAGUUCUGGAUUAAACGAUGAGGACAAGGCUGAAUUCUGGGAAGCGUUUUCCUUGUUUGAUAAAAAUGGAGAUGGAACAAUCAGUAUAUGGGAACUUGGAACUGUGAUGAGAUCUCUGGGACAAAAUCCGACAGAAGACGAACUGCAAGAAAUGAUCAAAGAAGUAGACGAAGACGGAAACGGAGAAAUUGAUUUCGAGGAGUUUCUCACAAUGAUGGCGAAGAAGCUGCGUGACAUAGACGUGGACGAAGAAAUCCGCGAAGCAUUUCGUGUAUUUGACAAAGAUACUAACGGUUACAUCACCGCCAAAGAAUUACAGUAUAUAAUGACGACAUAUGGAGAAACCUUACCAGAAGACGAAGUCAGGGAGAUGUUGAACCAGGCAGAUAUUGACGGAGAUGGAAAAAUCAAUUAUGAAGAAUUCGUGAAGACAAUGGCGAUAGACAGUCUAUUGAAGAAAUCAUGACAGUCUUCAAUGUGAACACGGAAUAUUUCUCAACUAUGCAUAUCAUCCGUGACUUCCAUGGAGGAGAGAUAUUUUUGUACAUACUACAUGUAUAUUAUACUGACAUCUGUAUAAAAAGAACACCUCUUUUAAUAUCAUCAUUAUUUUCCCAUAAUGCACAUAUACGCAAUUUCGCAUAAUUUUGCCGCUCACGUAACAUUCCGAUGGGGGAGAUAUGACGCCAAUCAUAGCAGAUAAGAAUAGAAAAGCAC